AGAGAGAGAGAGAGAGAGAGAGACAUUUAAAAUAACGCUAGUCUGCAGUGACCGUGCAAUUGAACUGUAAACUACAAAAAAUGUCCGAAAAUAAAAGCUCACAGCAGUGGUCUUCAGAGGAAACCAGCGUGCUGCUCGCGAUAUGGUCUUCCACAGAGAUCCAGGAGAAACUGGAGAGCUCGAAAAGGAAGAAAAGAGUUUACGAUGAGAUAAGCCAAGAAAUGCUGAACGGUGGCUUCAGUCGCUCGACCGACCAAAUCAUGAACAAGUUAAAAAAGCUUAGAAAGGAGUACAGGGACCUGAAAAGGAAACCAAGUAAGAGUGGACAGAUUAAGAAAACAUUCGACCACGACGUUAUGGAGUCUGUGCUAGGACACCGACCAGCCAGUCAGCUGACGACAGCCACGCUCGAGACAAACAAGGACUCUGCUGUGUUCUCUGUAGCUGAGGCUGAGCUAGGUAGUAAAAUAUCCGUGCACAAAACCACACAGCAGUGGUCUUCGGAGGAAACCAGCGCACUGCUUGAGAUAUGGUCUUCCACAGACAUCCAGGAGAGAUUGGGGAGCUCAAAAAGAAAGAAGAGAGUGUAUGACGAUAUAUGCCAAGAGAUGGUAAAUGCUGGGUUUACUCGUACAACCGACCAAAUCAUUAACAAACUAAAAAAACGUAAGAAGGAGUUCAUUAACAAAAAGAAGGAGAAAAGUAAAAGCGGCAGCCAAUGGAGCAAUAAAACAACUAACUAUGAUGUUAUGGACACUGUGCUGGAACGCCUGCCAGGGAGUCAAUUUACUGAAGCAUUAAAUUCAGCAACAGCCAUGCUUGAGACAAAUGUGGAAUCGCUGUCUUCUGCAGCUGAUCUUGACUCUUCACUUGAGGAGGUGCUGGACCAAGCUGAACCAUCCUUCAGCUCUUCUCAAUUCCAACCAAGAAAGUCUCUGCAAACAACCAGAAUAAAGAAGAGAGAUUCAAACCAGGAGCUGCUGGAAUACUUGAAAACUGCUGAUGAACGGUUUAUGGCACACGCCAAAGAACUUAAUACUGCAAUUCUUAAUAAAAUGGAUGAAGCUACGAAUUCUAUGCUGGGACUAUUGGGACGCAUGGUGGCGCUAAUGGAGGAACAGCAGGGAAUCAAACCAUGAACACAGGAUUCUUUUUGUGCAUUUUAUUCUCAUUUGCAUACUACUUACAUUUCAAAGUCAAAGCAAACCAAAAUUGAUCCUUAAGUUACUUUCUUAAUAUACAUUCCAGGUCUUAUUUGGAAUUAUUGUUUUGUACACGUUAUUACAGCAAAACUUUUAUUAAUCUGUCAUCAAAAUGUAAUAACUUGCUCUUCCCAUGAAAUUACUUUUUAUGCUUGACAACAUCAACUCCUCCCCUCCAAACACCUGUCAUAUAGAGAGCAUGACCAGCUUCACAUUGAAAAGGUGUAGCAAACCCAGAUGUGUUUGACAGGAGUGAAGGUAAAGUUAGAGGCUUCUAACUUCUACCUACAUCACAUUAACCGUGAAUAAGCUGUUUUCGUGUUUGUUGUAUUUGAUUUUAAUUUGCGUGUGGUGAAAUUUCAGUGAUUCAGGUUAAACUAUUCAGACACUUUUGAGGCCGACCUCAAACUCCCUUCAUGACUUUGAUUAAAAGGCCACAGUUGGAAGACAGCACCGUUGACGUCGAUGUCAACGAGCGUUCUUCAUGCACCAUAAAGGACCCAACAGAUUUCACAGACAUACUUGAUGUCAGUCAAGAAGAAGAAGUAUAAAUCACUUAUAUACAUUCUAGCAGACAUAGCCUGAAAAAUUACUGUAGUACUGGUUGAGUCAAUUCCCUCUUUCCUUUUUCCCUUCCUAAAAUGUGUACUGAUAGAUUGUUCCUUGCUGGUCUUUGCCACAAUGAAAAAGUGUUAGUAACAUGGCCAGAGUCCUAAAAGGAGGAAUUUUCCCUUCUCUACAUAAAAACAGCAUCAACAUACAGUAUUUUGGAUAAUGGAAUUUUCUUUG